AUGGAGGAAGCCAGCCACCCCCCCUGGGAAGCUUCCUUCUGGGAAAACUUCUUCAGCAAAAAGAGACACCCCCCAAAUGGGCCAAGCCAAAUCGACUCCUGCGUGAAUAUCAAACAUCCCGCUACUCUACAACUGAAGAAUGUAUACAUUAACAAUUAUGUCAUUAGUGCAGAGCUCCCACUGGACGAGUUCCAUUGUGCCCACCUGGGGAAAGACAUGGUGAUUCAGAAGGGGAAGGAAACAUACAUGGGAAAUUUUAAAGGAAGAAAUUUAAAUGGGGUUGGAAAAAUCAUUUCACAGCAGCUUGUAUACGAAGGGCAUAUACGAAAUGGUGAGAAAUGGGGUCAGGGAAAAAGUACUUUCUUUUUUCGUCCUUCUGCUGCUCAUGCGAAAUCAAGCGUAGUGGUUUACAAGGGGGAGUGGAAGGGGAAUAAGCGUAAUGGUUAUGGAGUUUUGUUAAUAAGGAAGUGUGUGAAUGAGCCCAGUGUGAAGACGUACGAAGGUUGGUGGAGACAAAACGAGAGGCACUUCUAUGGUGUACAACGCCACGCUAAUGCCGUUUACUGUGGCUUCUGGGUGAGGAACAAAAAGUGCGGGUUUGGAAAAAUGUGCUGGUUUGCAAAAGGGGGCGACGUAAAAAGGGGAAACUCUCCCCCCUGUGACGACAUCACCUCUGAGAAGUCUCCCCCAGAAGAAGGCAACAAACCCAAGAAGGUCAUACAAAACGUAUAUGUAGGAGAAUGGGAGAACGACCAAAUGCACGGGUACGGAACAUACUUCUGGUUCGUGAGACAAGGAAAUAAAAAGAAGAGCGCUUAUCAAAGUGAGCGCUACCAUAAGCAUGAAGGGUAUUGGCAAAGGGGGGAAAGAAAUGGGUUCGGAAUGUUCCAUCACAGAUGUGGAGAUACAUAUUGGGGUUUUUGGAAAAAAAAUAAAAAACAUGGACUAGGGUAUCUUUUAAAAUUAAAUGGCACCGUUUGCAAAUGCAACUACCUCAAUGGGGAAAUCACAUCUCAGGUAGAGCUCAACCAGACAUACAAAAUGAAUCACUUGUACACGAAUUCCAUUUGUGAGCUAGUCAACCUGGGGACUCUCCUCCAGGAAGACUCCAACUUAACGCACAGACAUAUCAAGCAUUUUUACAAAAUUGUGUAUGACCAUUUUGACCUCCUAAUAAAGGCGUAUCGUUUCUACUGGCGAAACGGGUGGGGGGGGGACCACAUAUAUGAGGGGAGGAGGAGGGAGGAGGACAACAGCAGCAUUAGGAAGGAGGAGGGUGUCCACCCCGUCGGCAGCUUCAAACUGAAGAACCUCUGGCACAUGUUCUACGAUGCUAACAUCAUCCACAGCAGCUUCCCCCUUAGCUCGCUAAACUGGCUGGUAAAAGACGACAUGUCGUUAGGUGAUAAUAUAAAUUUGGCCAAUCUCCUUGGUGAUAAUUACAAAUGGGUCGGUGAGGAUACACUCCUGAAUGAGGAAGAAAUGGUCAAGAGGUUCUUCCAGUCCAGCCACUUAUUAACAGAACCAUUCCUUUUUACACGCGCAACAGGGGUACACAAAGAAGAGGCAACAAACGAGGGGAGCCAUAACCCAAAUGUUAAUCAAGUUAGUUUUGGUGAGGGUACCAGGUCGUCUGCUCGUAAUAGUCACAUGGAUGGAAAAAAUUGUGGGAUGAUUGACAUACCAGGUGAGGCAGUCCAUCCUGUGAGCACCCCGACAUACGACACACACAACCCCAUGGCACACAUCCUUUUCAACAAGGAUCUCUUUCUGGUGAAAUGUUUAAAAAACUUUUAUAAAAACCAGUGGAAGGAGCAACGGUGCUACCAUAUGAACGAAGCAAAACGCGUUUUAAAAAAAAUCUGCCUCUUUCUUUUUACAAAUAAAGGGAGACAUGACAACGGCUAUCUGUUCUACGUCCUCUUUAGUGUGUUCCACUCUGCCUUCCCCUUGUGGUAUGCCUUAGCGCGCAUGAGUGAGGCGUGGACGGUUGGCCGCACAGGAUGGGCAAAAGGGAAUGGAAAUAGCGGCAAUCAUCCAACUGGUGACCCCAAUCAAAGUGCUCAUUUGAACAAACAUCUCGCCGUCCUAAACCUAGCUAGAUAUAACAUUCACGAUGAGAGCAGGAAAAUCUCCUUUAACUCUUUCGUGUAUACAUUGGUACGUGUGUCGUUGCACCUGCGUGAUGUUCGAGGCGAGCACCAGACGCGCGUCAUGGUCAACCUACUUAAUGCGCUGAAAGGGUGUGUGGAGGGGAUGGACACAGAGAAACAUCACCCCCAGAGCGGUAACAUCGCAGCAGGUUUAAAAAAGCGGCAUAUGAGAACGAAGCGGAAUCGAAACAAGUGUGGAAAAAAGGGAGAGGAGGAAAAGUGGGCUGUAAAUGGUAGACAUGUCAGCGCUGAGAACCGCGAAAAUGGUGUGUGUCCCACAAAAUAUACGCAUCCCGCACGUUGCCAAGGAUUUGGCCCCGGUCCAACGGGUGAAGCGCGCCAGAGGACAGGAAAUUUCCACGGGGUGGGGAAAAAAAAAAAAGUGAAAAAAGUGCAGAACCAUGCGAAUGCCGCGAAAAGGGUGAAAGCCUUGCCCAGCUGCGCCAUCUGCUGCCACCGUGGCGCACCGCCAAUCAAACCGAAUGAGAAAAAAAAAAAUGGUUCCCCCCGGAGAGGCAAAGAAGACCUUACCGCGUUAGUGAACAUCCUGGACAACUUCGUCUACUACUUCAUUUUGUACUUCCUGCUGUUCAACUCAACGGAAAAGCGUUUUUCACUCCUGAGCACAAAAUUAAAUGUGUCCCUGCGGCUGGGAGAUGUGCUAAAAUUUUUACUACAGUUGAAGAUAACAAGGAAGGCUGAGACGACUAGGGGAAAAGCAAAGAGUAUCAACUUGGGCCCGCACGACCACUACGAUGACUACCACACACAUGGCAGGGGGGAAACAAAAAUUAAGGCGAAAAGGUGGAAACCGUUGCACAUUCUGAACAGCGCAGAUAAAAGGGAAGAAAAAGAAGGGACAACGGUCAUUAAGCGGCAGACGAAUAAUAACCACUAUAAGGAGGAGGAACACACAAAAUUAACCUCAAAGAGAAAUAGCUACAUUGCACACACAGCUAGCCAUUUACAGGAAAAAAUCGACAAAUACCGCUUGCAGAAUAAUGCGGUACGCUACAUUGUCCUAUUAAACGAGCAGGAAAAAAAAAUUAUGAACAAGUUUGCUACAUGUGCAAAGCAGAAAUGUUACUCAGAGGAACUUCUCCCUAAGAGGGAAAAUGGCGAAACAAAGGAAAAAGCACCUUGCCCUGUGCACACCGAGGGGUAUAAGAACAAACUGGUGAACGAACUGAGCGAACAGGUGAAACAACUUGAAGUGGAAAAUUUUGAACAAGUCGCAAACGAUUCUCCCCCUUGUGUGCAAAAUGAAAAGGAAAAAAAAAGAAACAAGAGGGGGCGGAGAAAAGAUGAAAAAAAAGUCCCAGAGCGGAUCAUUUCGGAUGUGGAGGAAUGCCCCCAGGUGAUGUCGCAUGAGGGGGGACACGAACAUGUGCGCAUAAAACGGAGGAGACAAGUUGGAGUGGCACUGUAUCGAUUGAGGAAGCGGUUCGCUCACUCCCGGAAGAACUACAUGAACGUUCUCGAUUACUACAACACGUGCAUAACUCCCUACGAAUUGGGUUUGUUUUUUUUAAGAUUCGUUCGAGUGGUAAAGCGGAAAAGGGGGAUCAACGGUUCGUACAGCGACGUGCUGUUCUUUUUCGUUUUCCACGUUUUGCUCCGCAAGACCUUCCGACUGGCGCGGCAGGCGGGCGCUCACCCGUGA